AUGAACAGAUAUACGGACGCCACUGGCGCUGUCUACACCGUCCAGUCGGGAUACCAGACCGGCGACUUCGUCCUCCUCUGCGACGACGGAGUAUCGAAGACCGCUUGGCGGAUGCCGAAGAAGCACCUACGUGAUGCAAGUCCCGUCUUCAAGGAUAUAUUCGCUCAGAGCACCUCUACGUCCGCUCGAGGAGAGCCUCACCUCCCGGACGAGACGCUAGCCCAGGCCACCGUCUUCAUCGAAUGCCUCUUCAAGAGAACACCCACUUCUACCCCCUCAUGGAUUGACGCUCAAAGACCACUCGAGCUCUUCAUUCAGUAUAAGUGCGCAGACUCGGCUAGACGCUUCUUUCGUCGCAUCACCACUAGCAACGUGCAAAGCGGGUCCGGGUACGUACCCGGUACCGCCACAUUGGACCUUGGGCGGUACCCGUACCCUACCUGUAUCCCACUUUGA